AGUUGCACCCUUGCACAGACCAGUAGUCUGGCAAUCUUAAGUGUUGUGAGUUUGAUUCCAGCUCCGCCAGCAAUAAUGAUGUGCCCUUAGACAAGGCACUAAACCCCAAGUUGCCUGUCGGGUAAGAGUGUUUGAGUGAGUGAUCAUCAUAAUUAGAGGAGUGGUUCAAUUCAUGUACUUUCCAUUACAUUAUCCAGAUGUUAUAUUUGUGAGCUAUUCUGCCACAUUCUUCACCUAAAUAGUACAUGUACACAAGUGCUUUGUAAAUUUUCCAUGAUAGUGUUCUUUCAAAAGAAUGUUUUCUCAUGAACAAUGACUAUUUGUGUAUUGUAGUGUUCUUGCAAAAUUUUGACUGAAUUGUGACUGUGAUUUUUCUCCAGUGGUGAUCAUAUGUGCUGGAGCAGACAGGAUUCGAGAAAUCAUGCUUGCAGCACACAAGCAGCAGCUGACCAAUGGCAGUUACAUGUUUUUUAAUGUUGAUCUCUUCAAUGCCUCUUCUUAUGGCAAUGGCUCUUGGAAGAGAGAGGAUGAGUUUGACGACGAUGCCAGGCAAGCCUAUGCCUCCCUUAACACAGUGACUCUACUCAGAACAGUCAAGCCAGAGUAUGAGAACUUCUCCAUGGAGAUGAAAAGAUCCAUAGAGGGACUUGGCCUUUAUGACUGCAAUGACUGUGGAAAUGUUAACAUGUUUGUUGAAGGAUUCCAUGAUGCCUUGGUGCUAUAUUCCAUUGCGUUACAUGAAGGCAUGAAGAAUGGAUACUCAAAGACAAACGGUACUGAGAUAACCUCACACAUGUGGAACAGAACUUUUGAAGGAAUUGCUGGCCAGGUAUCCAUAGAUGUCAAUGGUGAUAGAGUCGGCGAUUUCUCUUUGAUGGCAAUGACCAACAUUGAAGCAGGUAGCUAUGAGGUGGUAGUCAACUACUUUGGGGAAAAUAAAACUUUUCAGCUGUUGCCUGCCUUCAACAGUGAUCAUUUCACUCUGACAAGAAGAAAGGAAGUGCCAAAAAAAGAAAAAGAAGUGGAAAAUCAUUCAUGUGGACUGGGAGUAUCAGCCUUAACUGGAGUCACGGUUGGAGCUGUUCUUGGAGCUCUAAUGCUGAUAGCAUUCUACUUUUUCAGAAAAAACUACAGGAUAACUAUUCAGCGGCGUACACGUGUUGAAGAGCCUGAAUCCAUGAAGCACCAUCAGUUACGAGAGGACUCCAUAAGAUCAAACUUCUCAGCAGCUUAAUCCACAUUAAGGAUGAGUUCCUGACAGAUUAUACAUGUGAAUGUGGAUAAAGUUUUUACUGUAUUUUUCAGUGAUUCCAUAUCCACUGCAAUUUGACAUUUCUUGUUGUAUUUAGGACAGAUUUACUUCUUAGAACCUGGGUCUGUUUUAACAGGUACACACACCAGUCACCUUAGACCAGUGUUUCCCAACCCUGGUCCUCAAAACUCACUGCCCUGCAUGUUUUAGGUAUUUCCUUGCUUCAGUC